AAAAAAAUAAUAAACAAAAAAAAAUUAAAAAAAAAUUUAAUGCAGAAAUGUGAUCCAGCAUCAAAAAAAUAAAUAAAAAAAAUAAAUAAAUGCUGAAGGACAUUCAAGGCUCGGAGAAUGUGGAAAUAAUUACGUCAUUUUUUGUCUUGUAUCACGCAGCAGCAACAACAUAUCAUCAAAUGUGGUAGAAAACCAAACAUAUCCUCGUGUCGUAUGAAAAAUUACUCCGCCGCAAUUUCAUCAUCAUAUGAAAAAAAAAAUAUUUUUUUUUAUUUGAUUGAGAGUGAGAUUUAUCCAGAGUGACGUCCCUUCAUCCGUUUAUCAUCAAUGGAAGCGAAAAAGGAGAGGAAAAAUGAAAAAUAUGUUUAAUUAAAUAUGGGACGACUUCAUGAUGUUCGUGGUUUAAUAAUAAAAAAUGACAUUUUUCCCUCGAUUUCUGUAAAAAGAGUAAAAAAUUAAAAAAAAAAACUUCCAACCUUGAGGUUCAUUAAACCCAAGUCGUCGUCGUCGUAAUCAAACAAGAAGAAAAGAAAAAAAUACUGCAAGACAGCGAAUUGAAUUGUCGAUAUUGAUUUUGCUCAAUUGUAACUUUUUUGCGUCAUCGCCAGAUUUUUCUUGAAAAAAAAAAUUUAAUCAAAUUUAAAGCUUCUGAAGGAAAAAUAAAAAGAAGUGAACAAAGAAUUUCGCCUGAUUUAACACUCUCUCGGUUGCUUUCUGCACCGAAAAUAACACACGAAGCGAAAAAAAACAAGAAAAAAUUCUUCGUGUGAACAAAAGACUCACAGACAACAGUCUCCUGCAAAAAAAAAGAGAAAAAGUAUCAAAAAAGUGGAACACCUUUCCUUGAUUUUGUUUACUUUCGUUCAGCAUUCAAGCUCGACGACAGCAAAAAAAAAACAAAAGAAAAAUACUUGAAAGGUUUGUAAAUCACAAUUUCAUGAAAGGAAAUGCUCAUAUCAUUUUUCCUCAUGUACGGGAGUGAAUAAAAAGAUUUUUUUUUGAAUUCAGUGAAAUUUGUUUACUAAACAAUAAGCAAAAAAAAAAAAUUCUGUAAAUAUUUGCCAAAAAUAAAAAAAAAUAGAAAAAAAAGUUCUCUAAUGCUUCAAGCUGCAGAAUUAUGGCAACUACUCUGAUAAACAUGGAUAUACCGACAUUUACGUUGCUCAUGAUUUUCGCAUAUAUGUUUACGUUGAACAAUUUAAAUGGAAUUACAUCAGCAUCACAGACGAUUCAAGACUUGUCGAAUCAAGCGACGGAAGUCGAACCUGAAUUCGACGGAACCAUCACAAAUGUUACUUUUCCAGCGGGACGGGAAGCUGUUCUCACGUGUUCUGUAAAAAAUUUAGAUAAGUUUAAGGUUGGAUGGCUACGCGCCUCAGAUCAAACAGUAUUAGCAUUAGCCAAUCGCGUUGUGUCACACAAUCCACGUAUCACGGUUGUGCAUGAGGAUAUGCGCACGUGGCGACUCCGUAUACGACAACUACGUGAAACCGACAGAGGCUGUUACAUGUGUCAAAUUAAUACGAGUCCAAUGAAGAAACAAAUUGGAUGUAUCGAUGUACAAGUGCCACCAAAUAUCGUUGAUGAAGAAUCAUCCGCCGAUAUCGCUGUGCAAGAAGGAGAGGAUGCGAUAUUAAUUUGUCGCGCAACGGGCCAUCCCCCGCCGAGAGUUACAUGGAAACGAGAAGACGGCGAUUUUAUGCUGUUACGCAAAGCGGGAAGUCGCGAACUCAUAAAAGUUGAUUCAUACAACGGUAGCGAAUUAAGAUUACCAAGAUUAGAAAGACGUCAAAUGGGAGCGUAUCUCUGCAUAGCUUCUAAUGAUGUACCUCCCGCGGUUAGUAAACGUGUCUCAUUGAGUGUGCAUUUUGCGCCAUCUGUUCGUGCUCCAAGUCAACUAUUGGGCGCCCCCUUGGGAUCUGACGUGCAGCUUGAAUGUCAUGUCGAAGCAUCGCCAACGCCCGUGUCGUAUUGGCUCAAAGGAGGACGAGUGCCAUCUAGCGGAUAUUUGCCCGGCGGAGGAAUCGGAAUUGGGCAAGAAGUAGGACAACCUCGUCCGGAAAUGCUGUUGGAUGGACCCAAAUAUAUGAUUACCGAGAAACGGAAUGGAUUUCGGGGGAUUAUGACAUUGUUAGUUAGAUCAUUUUCGCCAUCAGACGUUGGAACGUACCAUUGCGUUAGCACUAAUUCAUUGGGACGUGCCGAGGGAACAUUACGAUUGUAUGAAAUCAAAAUCCAUGGCAGCAACGGGAUCGGCGACAGUGACCAAUUAAAUAUAAUUGGAGGAUUAGCUGAAGCGACGCGUGAUCGUGGCAAUAAUAGCGGUAGUAAUAGUGUGAUAAAAAGCAACAUCUCAACAUUUCUAUUAGCGAUGACAUCUCUCGGGAUUUAUCUCGUGACAUCUACCAUAUCAUUAGUAGUUGUGAAUAGUGCUCAGAAUAAUAAAGCUGUUGAAACCAGAUGA